AUGUAUCUCAAACUCUUAUUUACUAUCUUUAUAUCUCUUUCGACACAAGCACUCGCAGCACCAGCUACAGCGGAGCCCAUUUUAACCGUCCCAGAGAAUGUUACUAUCCCGCCCGUACCGCUUGACGUAGACACUGCGUCCCUCAAAGCGCAGAGCACCAGCCCGAUUAGCGCGGCUGAGGCUAGUAGCUAUAUCCCGUACGAGUACUUCUCCGCCGCAGCGUACUGUCCUCCCGAUGCGCAAGCCAAAUGGAGUUGUAGGUUCUGUCAAGCGCAGCCAGUAAAAGAUUUUAUUGUGUAUGCGAGUGGAGGAGACGGUAAUCUGGUUCAGUAUUGGUAUGUUGGCUGGUGGCCAUCUGGGAACUCGGUCGUUGUGGGACAUCAAGGCACGCAAUUCAACCAAAUCAUUGCCGUCCUUACGGAUUUGGCACUCCUUCCAGUCCCAGUGAAUUCCAAACUAUUCCCAGGUACCCCAUCUUCAGCUCGGGUUCAUUUUGGGUUCCAAGAAGCACACGAGCGUACCGCGGCUGUUGUCCUUAGUACUGUUAAAAAGGUUAUCGCAGAACGCGGGGCAACGAAAGUUGUUACUGUUGGCCACUCCCUUGGCGGGGCGCUGGCCUUAUUGGAUGGACUGUAUUUGAGAUUGAACCUCCCAUCAAACAUUGAAAUCAUCACCAGGACAAUUGGGCAGCCAAGGGUUGGAAAUGAUGCAUUCGCGAAGUUUGUGGAUCAAAAGGUUCCAAAUCUCGUGAGAAUCACCAACAAAGGCGACCUAGUUCCCGGUUUACCACCUCUGAUCUUGGGGUUCAAGCAUAACAUCGGAGAAAAGCAUAUUAACAGGAAAGGCGAAUGGAACGCCUGCUCAGGUCAAGAUAACUUGGAUGUGAAUUGUUCCACUGGUCAGCUGUUGAAACAGGGGAUUGUGCUAACCGACCACCUUGGCCCUUAUGCCGGGGGCUUUUAUGUGCCUGAUCUAAAGGAUUGCUAUUUCGUCUAG